AGAGGAUCCCGAAGAUUUUCAUUCGUGUCCUGCCAUUUUCAGGGGCACUCUCCCAAGUCGGUUUCUGCCCGUCCCUAGGACAUCCUGUGGAUAUUCUGCGACCAUCGUAGCCAGUUUUGGCUCAAGUAGCAUCGUGGGCUCAACCGUUUCCAGGCCCCGAGCCCGCCUGCGUUGUACCGGUCGCAAAGCCGAGGUGAGAGCAUGGCGUCGCAGGGCUCGACGCUGCAGGGGUACAACAACGAGCUUGUGAAGUCCAUCGAGGAUCUCCGUGAAAAGCGGGAGGAGUUGAAUAAACAAAUUUUGAAGGAGGAGGAGGACAAAGCCAAGAUCCAGAAGGAGCUUUGUAUCCUCACGGACCGGCUGCAAAAGAUCAACGAGAGCCUCGUGCGCAAGACGCAGGCUCGCAACGAGUACGACAAGACCAUCCAAGAGACCGAGGCUGCUUACAUGAAGAUCCUGGAGUCCUCCCAGACAUUAUUGCAUGUUCUCAAGCGCGAGACGGUCAAUUUAACGAAGAAGUAACAGAGGGCUUCGCGCAGCUCGCGCACCGCCUGCACAGCCGUUUCUCGUGGCGUCCAGGCCAGCAUACGCCGUCGCAGCACGUCGAUGGCUGGGGGGAGUGCCUCGCCGUUUCUGAGCCUUUCGACGCUGACGACCUCUGAGAAUAAUCUGCACUAUGGCUGUCGCUAUGCGUGAACGGUUCCUCGCUCCCCUUCCUCAUUCAGUUGACCGCCUUAGGCGGCUCCUCGCUGCCGUGGAAUCGCGGUGACCCUCAAUCCGCCUCCUCUUGUGUCCCCUGCUCCGCUCCUCCCGUUUCUGCCCAUUCUUUCUCCCCUUCCGUUCUCGUCCGCCGUCUGCCGCUCCUGUCCUUCCCCAUUUCCUCCUCGUCCUCCU